AUGAAUCAAAGUAUUUACAGGACAUACAAUCAAAGAGAGGAAUAUCUUAAUAACAUAUUUUCCAAUGAUCCAUCACUGACAGAACAUGAGAAGAAGUUUUUGAUCUAUAAAAAUCAAAAAAAGUACGAUCAAUUAAGAAUAAAUAAUGAUUCAAACGAAACCAGAUUGUGUCCCAACUGUCAGAAAUCAUGUAGAGCAACGAUGUACUGUGAAAUUUGUGUUCGUCAAGAUUUGGAGAGUAAGUUCGACACAUGGACCUCAGGAAAUAAAGAAAUUGAUGAGUUGAUUAGAAAUUGUCAACGAAAAACCGUAUCACCACGACGUGUAAUUGAAUGGGUCGAUUAUGCACAGUUUCAAGAUACUGUCAAAUAUAUAAAAAAAGGUGGACGUUCCAAAAUAUAUGAGGCAAUUUGGAAGGAUGGACAUUACGAUGGAUGGAAUCCUGAAAACCGAUCGUUGAAGAGAUCUGGUGCACAGCGAGUAAUCCUGAAAAAGCUAAAUAAUUCGAAUGAAAAAUGGUUUCAAGAGGUGCUACAUAACUUUGAGCUAGAUUAUACGUUCUUCUAUCUGGCUCAAUGCUUCGGACUAACAAAAAAUCCAGAGACCAAUGAAUACAUGCUGGUCUUAUAUCGCUUUGAUAGUGACCUGAGAAAUUUGUUGAUUAAACAUCAUCCUUCGAUUACAUGGAUACAAAAUGAGACCCAACUUAACAUGCAAUUGGAAAUAAUUAACGGUGUGCGACCAGAAAUACAUAAAGAUACCCCACCUGAAUAUGCAGAACUGAUGAUACAAUGUUGGAAUCCUAAACCUGACAAAAGACCAUCGGCCUCUAAGAUUGCCGACAUUAUGGGAGCACUUCUUAAAAGAUCAUAUGAAGAGAUGGGUAAUGAUGAAUUGGCAUUAAAUACGCAACUCAUAAUUUCCAUGAAUGAUCAAGAGGGGGAGGGGUGUGAAACAACUUCAUUUAAAAAUCCAUCAAGUCAACUCCAGUUAUCACAAUCACGAAAUACAACUGUCUCCAGUAGGUGA